CGACCAGAUCAACUCGGCUUCCCAGUCGUCUCUCUCUUUCCGACCCUAACCCUACCCUUCGUCGCGAGUCCUCGAUCUCCAACUUUGAUGCUUCGAUCCGCCUAGUUGACUCCUCUCCCGCCCUUACUUCGAUUCUCUCCGUCUGAUCGAUCACCGUUUGCGGAUCGGAGUGGCGCGAAGAGGGCUUUUUCGCCAACUGCGAUGCCGUCCUACGCGGAUCUUGACCGUCAGAUCGAGCAUCUGAGGCAAUGCAAGUUCUUGCCGGAGGCGGAGGUGAAGGCUCUCUGCGAGCAGGCCCGGGCGGUCCUCGUGGAGGAGUGGAAUGUGCAGUCGGUGAAGUGCCCCGUCACAGUAUGUGGGGACAUCCACGGGCAGUUUUACGAUCUCAUCGAGCUGUUCCGAAUUGGUGGCGAGGCACCCGAUACGAAUUACCUAUUCAUGGGGGACUAUGUAGAUCGUGGUUACUACUCCGUGGAAACUGUCUCACUUUUAGUUGCCUUGAAAGUUCGUUACAGAGAUAGGAUCACGAUUCUUAGAGGAAAUCAUGAGAGCAGGCAAAUAACACAAGUGUAUGGAUUUUAUGAUGAAUGCUUAAGAAAGUAUGGAAAUGCAAAUGUGUGGAAGUACUUUACUGAUCUAUUUGAUUACUUACCCCUUACAGCUCUUAUAGAGAAUCAGAUAUUCUGUUUGCAUGGUGGUCUCUCCCCAUCCCUGGACACAUUAGAUAAUAUCCGCGUUCUCAAUCGCAUUCAGGAGGUUCCACAUGAAGGUCCUAUGUGUGAUCUUCUCUGGUCUGAUCCAGAUGAUAGAUGUGGCUGGGGCAUAUCACCAAGGGGAGCAGGAUACACAUUUGGGCAGGACAUUGCCCAACAAUUUAACAAUACAAAUGGACUCACAAUGGUGGCCAGAGCCCACCAACUUGUCAUGGAAGGCUAUAAUUGGUGCCAGGGUAAUAAUGUUGUCACAGUAUUUAGUGCACCGAACUACUGUUACCGCUGUGGUAAUACAGCAGCUAUAAUGGAGAUCGGGGAGAACAUGGAACAAAAUUUCCUUCAGUUUGAUCCAGCCCCACGGCAAAUUGAGCCUGAAACUACUCGGAAAACUCCAGACUACUUCUUGUGAUGUUGAUAAUUCUCACCAGCACUGCUUUAUCUUCCACAAGCUUGUCCAGUAGACAUGUUGUAGAAAGAGUUUUAGUAAUCGGGGAGGCCACCAUCUUUUCUUCGGACUCUGGGCAAUGGCAGUCGCUGGUUCUACUGCUGUUGUUAAUUUCACGAGAUGUUUCACUGCGCAUCUGGUUCUAUUUGGAGUGAUGAAGCAUCAAGGAGCAUCUGAUUCUCUUCAGUUCAUACACACAUUUCUGUCUCAGAAAGCACAAUCUCUCAUUGCUUGCAUAUGUUUGAUUAUAUUUGAUUUAUCUUUGCUCUUUGUUGGUUUGGCGUAUCGUAUAAUACAACUAUAUUUCUUUGCAAAGAAUACUAAUCGCUGUAAGCGGCUAAAUUUAAGUGACGACAUGUUUGAGACA